GGGCGCGGGCCGGAGGGGGCGGGGGGAUGCGCCGCGGCGGCGGCGGCUGUGGCGGCGGCGGCGGCGCGGGCGCUGGGACUGGUGUUCCGAGGCGCCAGAGCAGCGGAUCCCGGUCUCGCUGCCGCAGCAGCGGGGGUGCCGCGCGCGGCCUGAAGACGCCGUACCUUUUUGAUCCUCACCCCCCCCCCUUUUUUUUUUUUUUUAAAAAUAACCGGAACCAAUGAACGUAGCUGGGACCCAAGAUCUGGAGGCCGCCGGUGCGGACGGGACCAGGCUGGCGCCCUGCGGGAGCUGGCGUCUUAGGCGGCGGGGGCGGCCCGAGGAGUCGCAGGCGACGGCGGCGGCGGCACCUCGCGGAGCGGAGUGGCCCGUGGCCGGGGCGCCGCCGCGCUUUCCCCCCGCUCCUCCUCCGCGUCCUCAUCCCGCCACGACGCCCGGCCCGGCCUCGAGCUGGCUGCUGCUGCUGCUGCUGCGGCGGCGCUGGGCUGCGCUGCUGGUGCUCGGGCUGCUGGUGGCCGGCGCGGCGGACGGAUGCGAGCUGGUGCCCAGGCACCUUCGCCGGCGGCGGGCGGCUGGCUCUGCCGGGGCGGCCGCCUCCUCUCCCGCCGCGGCGGCGGGCGACAGCCCGGCGCUCAUGACAGAUCCCUGCUUGUCACUGAGUCCACCAUGCUUCACAGAAGAAGAUAGAUUCAGUCUGGAAGCUCUUCAAACAAUACAUAAACAAAUGGAUGAUGACAAAGACGGUGGAAUUGAAGUAGAUGAAAGUGAUGAAUUCAUCAGAGAAGAUAUGAAAUACAAAGAUGCUACUAAUAAACACAGCCAUCUACACAGAGAAGAUAAGCACAUAACUGUUGAGGAUUUAUAACGAUGGAAAACAUCGGAAGUUCAUAAUUGGACCCUUGAGGACACACUUCAGUGGUUGAUAGAAUUUGUUGAACUACCCCAAUAUGAGAAGAAUUUUAGAGACAAUAAUGUCAAAGGAACAACGCUUCCCAGGAUAGCAGUGCAUGAACCUUCGUUUAUGAUCUCUCAGUUGAAAAUCAGCGACCGGAGUCACAGACAGAAACUUCAGCUCAAGGCACUGGAUGUGGUUUUGUUUGGACCUCUAACACGCCCUCCUCAUAAUUGGAUGAAAGAUUUUAUCCUCACUGUUUCUAUAGUAAUUGGUGUUGGAGGGUGCUGGUUUGCUUACACACAGAAUAAGACAUCAAAAGAACAUGUUGCAAAAAUGAUGAAAGACUUAGAGAGUCUACAGACUGCAGAGCAAAGUCUCAUGGACUUACAAGAGAGGCUUGAAAAGGCACAGGAAGAAAACAGAAAUGUUGCUGUAGAAAAGCAAAACCUAGAGCGCAAAAUGAUGGAUGAAAUCAAUUACGCAAAGGAGGAGGCUUGUCGGCUGAGAGAGCUAAGGGAGGGAGCUGAAUGUGAAUUGAGUAGACGUCAAUAUGCAGAGCAGGAAUUGGAACAGGUUCGAAUGGCUUUAAAAAAGGCUGAAAAAGAAUUUGAACUCAGAAGCAGCUGGUCUGUUCCAGAUGCACUUCAAAAAUGGCUUCAGCUAACGCAUGAAGUAGAAGUCCAGUACUACAAUAUUAAAAGGCAGAAUGCUGAAAUGCAACUAGCUAUUGCUAAAGAUGAGGUUGCUGCUUCAUAUGUGAUUCAGGCAGAGAAAAUUAAAAAGAAGAGAAGCACAGUCUUUGGGACCCUGCAUGUUGCACAUAGCUCCUCCCUAGAUGAAGUAGAUCAUAAAAUUCUGGAAGCAAAGAAAGCUCUCUCUGAGUUGACAACUUGUUUACGAGAACGACUUUUUCGCUGGCAGCAGAUUGAGAAGAUCUGUGGCUUUCAGAUAGCCCAUAACUCGGGACUCCCCAGCCUCACCUCUUCCCUCUAUUCUGAUCACAGCUGGGUGGUGAUGCCCAGAGUCUCCAUUCCACCCUAUCCCAUUGCUGGAGGAGUUGAUGAUUUAGAUGAAGACACACCCCCAAUAGUGUCACAGUUUCCUGGGACCAUGGCUAAGCCUGCUGCAUCACUGGCCAGAAGCAGCAGCUUGUGUCGCUCCCGCCGCAGCAUCGUGCCCUCGCCGCAGUCUCAGCGCGCUCAGCUUCCUCCACACGCUCCCCACCCGUCACACCCUCGGCACCCCCACCACCCCCAGCACACACAGCACUCGUUGCCUUCCCCCGAUCCAGAUAUCCUCUCAGUGUCAAGUUGCCCCGCUCUUUAUCGAAAUGAAGAGGAGGAGGAGGCCAUUUACUUCUCUGCUGAAAAGCAAUGGGAAGUGCCAGACACAGCCUCAGAAUGUGACUCCUUGAAUUCUUCCAUCGGAAGGAAACAGUCUCCUCCUUCCAGCCUUGAGAUCUACCAAACGUUGUCUCCUCGAAAAAUCUCGAAAGAUGAGCUCUCUCUGGAGGAUUCCUCCAGAGGAGACUCGCCCGUCGCGGCCGACGUGUCCCGGGGCUCCCCCGAUUGCGUCGGGCUGACGGAAACCAAGAGCAUGAUCUUCAGCCCUGCGAGCAAAGUGUACAACGGCAUCUUGGAGAAGUCCUGCAGCAUGAACCAGCUUUCCAGCGGCAUCCCGGUGCCGAAACCUCGCCACACGUCGUGCUCGUCAGCCGGCAACGACAGCAAACCCGGGCAGGAGGCCCCGAGCGUCGCCAGGAUAAGCAGCAUCCCUCAUGACCUUUGUCAUAACGGAGAGAAAAGCAAAAAGCCAUCCAAAAUUAAAAGCCUUUUUAAGAAGAAAUCCAAGUGAACUGGCUGCCUGGAUGGGAUUCCAUUCAAAUGGCAUCUCUAAACGUCCAUCUCCCGUCCUUCCUUGGCUCCCCCCUUUUUUGUGUUGAUUUUAGGAAUGUAACUUUCCAGACUGGAUGCCUUAGUGGGAUGUCCUCAAGGGCGGCUGUCUACUGUCUGCUUAUUUAAGUGACUAUAUAAUCAGUUUGUCAAGCCCGUUAUUACUGAGAAAUCAUUCAGACGUGAGACAGUUUACAGUCAUUUUUUGCCUAUUUAUUUCUGCUUUGUUAUUAGUGAUGUAUAUACAACAGUUUGUUGAAAGCCACUGUGGACUUACAAGCUUUAAUGGACUAGUAAGCCAGCAUGGGCUUGCAAAAAUUCCUUGUUUACCAGAGCAUCUUCUUAUCUUUCCACAGAGCUAUUUACAUCCUGGACUAAGAUAACUUAAAAGGAGUAAAACUAAUUGCACUACUGUUUUCCAGACUGGAAAAAAAAAUCUCUGCAAGUGAAACUGUAUAGAGUUUAUAAAAAGACUAUGGGUAGGGGACUGUUUUCCCUUUUAGAUCAAAUGGGUUUUUAAGUAGAACCUAGGGUUUCUAAUUGACUUGAUUUCUGGAAAGGAAAAUGCUUUUAUGAAUGGGAAGCUUCUUUAAACGCAUUUAACGUUGUAAAGUUUCGAGUCCUGCUGUAAAGAUCAUGUCGUUUUGUUUUUUUCCCAGGGCUUUCACUGUGAUUUUCUGCGUUGCAGGCUGUAUGAUACAACAUAAGUAAUUUAAAGAGAGAAGGCUCUUGAUUCCUUCCACAAGGAGAAGAGUUAAAACUUGAUUGAAGGACUUAAAACAUUCACAAGCUUAUUCUGAGGUGGGGGCUGUGGGGUUUCAGGCACUUGUUUACAGACUUGACAGCAGCAAAGGAUUUACGGUUUGUGGAAAAACUUGUACUGUGGAAAAGAUAAUAAAUCAGAGACAUUAUUGUGUGGGACUGUGCUGAUUUUUGUUGAUAACACUCCACUAAAAACACUAUAUGUUUUCUGGAGAGCUGUGUGAGCUGUCGUCUUGCUUAACUGCAACAUAAGAAAUCGUGAUGUUUUGGAAGAAGGUUGUCAACAAAUUUCUUUCUAUUUUAUAUUGUUUGUCAUAUUUUUAUGUAGUUUGAAAUGUUUAAAUGUCCUCAUAUCAAGAUUAACAAAUAUAAAUUUAUGGUGCAUUUA